GCAAGAGUUCAUUACAAUCAAAAGGUCAAUGAUAAUUACAUGUGUACUGCAUGCAUGCACUGCACUUGCAAUGGCUGAAGGAAGAAGCAACAGCAGCCCAGAGCAGCUCAAAGGAUGGCUUCUCAAAUGGACCAACUAUAUCAAAGGCUACCAGCGGCGCUGGUUCGUGUUGUCCAAUGGUCUCCUCUCCUAUUACAGGACACAAGAGGAGAUGUCUCACACAUGCCGGGGCACGGUGAAUCUUGCUGGAGCUUUUAUCGAUCCUGUAGAUGCUACACAUUUUGUAAUCUCAAACGGUCAGUCGCAAGUAUACCACUUGAGAGCAUCCAAUAAUGUGGAGAAGCAGAAAUGGCUGACAAUGUUGCAACUGUCCAAAGCCAAGGCCAUCAAGAGCAUGGAGUCUGAUAGUGAGGGAGGCAGUGAGGAAGAGGGUACAGACGGUGCCAGUGAGGAUCUCCUCACGAGCCUACAAGACAAGCUGGCUGAGUUGGAUACAGCCCAUGAAACUGUGGUCAAGAGUGGACGUGGACUGGCCAAUGAGGAGGGUGGUGGGGGGAAGACCUCUGAGCAACUGGCAUUCUUUAAACUCACUGCCCUAGGAAUGCUUAAAGCAGCAGAUGAGUUUGUGGUUCAGGCGAGAAGUACAGAGAGGAGGUGGUCUCGAGUUCGUCAACAAGAGCAUUCUCGUCGACUUAAACUAGAGGAAAACAUGGAGACACUGGCCAAGCAAAUGACACGUAUGGAAAAUCAAGCAAGGCAACAAUUUCAGAGAAGUGGAGCAAAUACAAAUUUUGUAGCAAGGUCUCUAGAACUAGACGAUGAUGAUCAAUUCUUUGAUGCCCCUGAGAUUUCUGACGAAGACUGGGUCAGAACAAGCUCCAGCCCUACCACACCCACUCUUGCUGAGACCAAGACAAGCCCUGACACAAGGUCUUUGAAUGAGGCUCAUGGUCUAGUAUCUCCGUCCACUGAUAGGAAACACCCCGUGAGCUCAGACAGGAAGAUAACAGUUCCUGAUGAGCCUGCUCCCAGCUUCUUUGUUGAUCCCCGGCCCACCCUCCCCCAGAGGAGGACAGUUGUUCCCCCUCGACCCAACACUAGAUUCAGUCUCUGGUCCGUCAUGAAGAACUGCAUCGGCAAAGACCUUUCCAAGAUAUCCAUGCCAGUCCACUUCAAUGAGCCCCUGUCCAUGCUUCAGAGAAUAACAGAAGAAUUGGUGUAUACAGAUAUACUUGAUAGAGCAGUGAAUGCCCGGGACACACUGGAGGAGAUGGCGUACGUGGGUGCAUUUGUGACGUCCCCCUAUGCUGCCACUGCUGGUGCAAGAGCCAACAAACCUUUCAACCCCAUGCUUGGAGAAACCUACGAGUGUGACAGGAGAGCUGAGAUGGGAUGGAGAUGCCUCUUUGAGCAAGUGAGUCACCAUCCCCCCAUGUUUGCUGAGUACACAGAGAGCAAGGACUGGACAUUCUGGCAGGAGUACACAGCAGCCUCACAGUUUAGAGGCAAAUAUUUCACCAUUCUUCCAUUGGGCACUUGUCAUGUGGUGUUCCACAAGACCAAGAGUCACUACACCUGGUGCAAGUGUGUCACUACCAUCCACAACAUCAUAGUAGGGACUCUGUGGAUUGACCAGUCUGGCGAUAUCAAGAUAACUAAUCACACCACAAGAGAAGAGGGGCUGCUCAAGUUCCAUGCCUACAGUUACUUAUCCAGGGAACAACAGAGAAAGGUCACUGGGCAUAUGAAGGAUGUUGAUGGGACUAUUCGUUAUGUUGUCAAGGGUUACUGGGAUCAACAGUACGAUGUUGCCAAGGUAACAGGUGGAGAGGGGAGGAAGUUGACGACAGGUCCUUACAAGACACUGUGGAAAGCUGAACAAUCAGAACCUGGUAAUCAUGAAUUUACUCCUUUCUCGUGCACACUCAACGAACACGAAGCUGGGGUCGCCCCCACUGACUCCCGCUUUAGACCAGACCAGAGGAUCAUGGAGGAGGGGGACUUCACUAAAGCCAGUGAGGAGAAGAUACGUCUUGAAGAGAAACAAAGAGCCAAGCGUCGGAAGAGAGAGGCACUAGCAGAACGUGCAGCAAAGGCAGCAGCAAGAGGAGAUGUUGAGGAGGCAGAGAGACUCAAAGAGGAGGCCACUUACAAGCCAGUGUGGUUUAACAAAGAAUACGACCCUCUCACCAACACAAUGUUUCAUGUGUACAAAGGAGGUUAUUGGGAGGCCAAGCAAACUGGAGACUGGGACAAACUCAACUUACCUGACCUAUUCUAACUGUCUAUAGACCCGACACAUAGUAAUUUUUGUUUUGUGAUUUAUACAGCGUUCUUUGUGUUCUUUGUGUGUGUUCGCAUUAAUUUCAAGAGAUUUCCCCUAUACAUUAUUACACAACUUGA